AUUGAUAUUAUGUAAUUAUAUUUCCUGUAAUCACUGUCGGUUAUAAAAGGAUUGUUGAUUUAUUUUACAUAAUAUAAUGCUUAGGCUGCUUUUUAUUCUCAUCUGAAAUCCUUUGACAUAAUCCUUAAAAGCAAAUGUUGGAUUAUAUGUGUGUAUAUAAGUCUACCUACAAGUCAAUCCGUUUUUGAAGAAGUUUUUCACUAGUAUAACAUUUUUAUUUUUUGGGAAACACAUGUCGGAUGAAAUUAUAGAUAUUUUUAUAAAAUUAGUAAUCGAUAAGCAAUCAUUUCAUUGACGAUUAGGUAAGUGUUAGUGAAUCUGAUCUAUAGUAUGUAUAUGUAUGUCACCUGGUCUUUUAUAGCAAGAAAAUAUACUAUUUACUAAUAAAAUCCUUCAUAGAUAAUUGUGUUAUCAAACUGUGACACACUCGCCACACAUCACAGAGACGCGCCAACCCCCGUACCUCAUAGUGCCAGCUUAAUAAGAACGCCCCAUUUAAGAUGCAUUUUUCUCACAUUUGCCGCCAUUCUGCCGGGCCUGGUGAUACACUCUAGCGUUGCUAUGACAACCAAGGACAAACAACACAAGCUCUGUCAAACUGUAGCUUUAAAUACGGAGUUGGAAUCCAUUCCUGGGCUAGAGGUCCAAGGAAUGUAUGACGAGACCGUGGAGGUUAACGCCAAAGAGAUUGAAAGCCCUCCGACUUCCGACGAGGAGAGUAUAAAGGCUAUGUCAAAGUUCAAACCUCCCGUACGUCACACCGCCAGACAUGACUUCGAUUCAGACAGCGAGAGCGAUUCCAGUCCUGACAAGUUUGAUAAUCUUACAGAAGAGGAUGAGUCUCCAGAAAGAAAGUCCGAUAUUGAGGAUGCGAAGAAAAAAGUAAAAAGCAGCAGCGAUUUAUCAAGACAGUCCAGCAAUCAACAUAACUCCUCGCACUCUGAAUCAGAUAGUGCUGAUGUGGGUUUGGAACAAGUGGAAGCCAGCAGUGGGAAGAAACGUGGCGUGGUGAUCCCGGCAGAGGGCGCGUAUGAUCCGAAGGCCUACGCGGACCUGAAGGUGCCGCCCGAGCUUGACAAUGUGUUUCAAUAUAUUAUGAAGUACACCCCUCAGAAGAUCGACAUAGACUUCAAGCUCCAUCCGUUCAUCCCGGAGUACGUCCCCGCUGUGGGAGAUGCGGACGCCUUCCUCAAGGUGACCACACCAGCCUCAGGGCUGAGAGGAAAAGCGUUAGCUGAUAACGCCUUGGACUUCAUUGAUAACUUAGGUCUGACGGUGUUGGAUGAACCGUCCGCGGACCAAAGCGAUGCUGCGUUACUCCAUCUCCAACUGAGAGCCAUCUCCAAGACCACCAGCGCCAAGUCAACUGUGAUGACACGAAAACUUGAGAACGCUGAGAACAACCCUCAAGCGCUGGAUCGCUGGAUACGUGAUGUGAGUGCGCUUCACGCGGGCCGCUCCCGCGCUACGGUCGCGUACACACGGAAAAUGCCAGAUAUAGACGAUCUAAUGGCAGAAUGGCCGGACACGAUAGAGGAUACCUUGAACGAGGUCGGCGUGCCCCCCGCCAGCGUCGACUGCUCGCUGUCACAAUACGUCGACAUAGUCUGUGCCGUGUUCGACAUCCCCGUCCACGGCGACACUGUCAAUGACAGGAUACAAGCGCUUCAUCUGCUUUUCAGUUUGUAUUCGGCGGUAAAAAACUCGCAGUUGUUUGCGGAAAGAGAGAAGGAGAAGGGUAUGGCCGGUUAAAAACGUCUCGUUUUAUGUUACGUAAUAAGUCAGUUUGGACGUAACAAGAACUUUAACUUAUAAACAUACAUAAUUUUACAGAUAUGUAUAUUUCGUCAGUUGUGUUAUAAUUUUUUUUUUAUUUAAAUAUCAUCGAUUUUGUCGGCAAUCAAUAGUCAGAGAUAUCAUAAUCAUAAUUGUAUUUUUUAAAGGAAUAAUCAAACGCCCUCGCUUGCACCCUAAUCAUUGUUGUCAUUGGUGUCCGACAUAACGGAUUUGGUAUAUACGUUUAAGGUUUUAUUUAAGGGACUAUUCGUACAAACAGGCUUCGUAAAUGAUUCGGUCUCUGUCUGAUCGUCCGAAAGUUACCACACGAAAUAAAAUUCUGUACUCGCUUUGGCAAUUUUUUUAUUUACAAUGUUACAUAUUACCAAAUAAAAAAAAAAACAUUUUUGUCAACCCCACGAAGUCACUUCAGUGUGUCCCUGAACAAACAUUGCUUUUAUUAAUUUAAAUAUCAAAUGCAUCAGAAAACUUGAUUAUUGGACGGUAACUGUCAGAGUCGUACAAAAUGGCUGCCGGAAUACGACAUAUACUUCUAUCGUUAAUUUUGAAUUAGUUCAGUAAAUAUUGUAACUGGCACAUUUGAUAUAACACUGAGAAAAAAUAUACAGCCAUAUAAAAAAAUAUCUGUUCAUAUAUCUGGAGUAAUAAUUAUAAAAGGCCUUUCGGUUUUGAAAUCAUAAAAGGGAUUUCUGCGGAUGAAUCGUUAUAAUUUAAACUCGGUUCACUCUUGACACCGACGACGAUGACA